AUGGGUUGCGGACGUCUGGAAAUUCGCGUCGACUCAUUUGCACUCAUUACUCACACUCGUUUUUCUGAAUCAUUCACAAUCUUUUGUCGUUGUUUUGGUUCAUCCUCCCUUUUACCCUUUUCGCUAUUAGGUGUUUUGGUGGCUUUCCUUACUCUGUUUAGUAUCGUUUGGUUUACAGGCGCAGAUCACUCAGACGAGGUCAAUCCCAUAAAAGCUCGUUUGCAAGGAAGUCAAAAAGGCAAGCUUGCUGCACAAAAGCCAACUGAUGAUGCCCCUAAGGUCGACUUGCACGUUGGAUCCAUCAAAAUGGCUCCUCCUCAAUACAAAAAGGGCGACAAAAAACAUCCUGACCAAUUCUUUGAAUGUUUCAUUGCUGAACAGAAUCUUGUCGGUGUAGCAGUUGGUGCUCAGUGUAGAGACAGAACGAUCCCUUUUACUAGUUGCGAUCAGAUUCGUAAUGCUGCUGUAUCAUUCGCAAAUCUGAAAUGUGCAGGUUCGCAUGUUGGUGUCUCAACUGGUGAAGAUGGUCCAAGUCAAAUGGCACUUGAGGAUCUUGCUCUGUUCCGAACUUUGCCCGGAUCUACAGUGUUGUUUUAUCCGACUGACGCAGUAGCGGCUGAGAGAGCUACUGAACUAGCAGCCAAUAUAAAGGGCAUCGUUUUCAUUCGUACUGGUCGCCCUGCUCUUCCUGUGCUCUACGAUAACAAUAAGCCGUUGGCUGUUGGACAGGCUAAGGUGCUAAAAGAGUCACCGAACAAUAAAAUACUUUUGAUCGGAGCCGGGGUGACCAUUUACGAAAUUAUGAAAGCCGCUGAUCAUCUUGAGAAAGAGGGCAUGCACUGCUGUGUUAUCGAUCCGUUCACUAUCAAACCUUUGGAUGAAGCUACUAUUGUCAAACACGCACAACGGACGGGAGGCACGGUCCUUACGGUUGAGGAUCAUUAUCCAGCUGGAGGAAUUGGAGAAGCUGUGGCCGCUUGUGUCGCUAAGCAUGGCAUUCGCGUCAAAUCUCUAUGCAUUAAUGAUGUUCCUCGUUCUGGUAAACCCGAUGAACUGCUCGAUAUGUUUGGCAUUUCUACUCGCCAUAUUGCUGAAGCUGUCAAAUACUGAACACUUCUUUAGACCGGCUGAUUUUGAGAUCAAAAGAAUUCUAUGCUGAAUUUAACAUUACAU